CGCCAGGCAAGUGGACAGACAUGGCAAGCACGACAAGAUGAUCCGAUGGCUGCCGUGGGGAUCGGAAACGGAGCCAUUUAGCCGCCCCAAAAUCCUUCGCGCUCACCGGCCACCGACGGCUUCUCCCUUCUUCUCCUUCUUCUCUCUCCUCCUUCCUCUCCAUCGCAAUUGUUUCUCUUCUUUCCUCCCCAUCUCCCCAUCCUUCUUCCAGAUAGAUCUACCUUUAGUCUAUCCUUCACAGCCAAGAUGUUCGCUGCUCGUCAGUCCCUCAACCUCCUCCAGAAGCGUAGCUUCUCCGCUUCUGCCAGCCAGGCCUCCAAGGUUGCCGUUCUCGGUGCCGCCGGUGGCAUUGGCCAGCCCCUGUCCCUGCUCAUGAAGCUCAACCCCCUGGUCACUGACCUCGCCCUCUACGACAUCCGCGGUGGACCUGGUGUCGCUGCCGAUGUCAGCCACGUCAACACCAACAGCACCGUUAAGGGCUACGAGCCUACCCCCUCUGGCCUUCGCGAUGCUCUCAAGGGCUCCGAGAUUGUCCUCAUCCCUGCCGGUGUUCCCCGCAAGCCCGGCAUGACCCGUGAUGACCUCUUCAACACCAACGCCUCCAUUGUCCGCGACCUCGCCAAGGCCGCCGCUGAGGCUGCUCCCGAGGCUAACAUCCUCGUCAUCUCCAACCCCGUCAACUCUACCGUCCCCAUCGUCGCCGAGGUCUACAAGUCCAAGGGUGUCUACAACCCCAAGCGCCUCUUCGGUGUCACCACCCUGGACGUUGUCCGUGCCUCCCGCUUCAUCUCCCAGGUCAAGGGCACCAGCCCCGCCAACGAGAACGUCACCGUCAUCGGUGGCCACUCCGGUGUGACCAUCGUUCCCCUCCUCUCCCAGUCCAACCACCCCGACAUCUCCGGCACCGUCCGUGACGAGCUGGUCAACCGCAUCCAGUUCGGUGGUGACGAGGUCGUCAAGGCCAAGGACGGUGCUGGUUCCGCCACCCUCUCCAUGGCCAUGGCCGGUGCUCGCUUCGCCGACUCCCUCCUCAAGGCCGCCAACGGCGAGAAGGGUAUCGUCGAGCCCACCUUCGUUGAGAGCCCUCUCUUCAAGGACCAGGGUGUUGACUUCUUCGCCUCCAAGGUCGAGCUCGGCCCCAACGGUGUUGAGAAGAUCCACGAGGUUGGCCCCGUCAACGAGUACGAGCAGGGUCUCAUCCAGACCGCUCUCGGUGACCUCAAGAAGAACAUCCAGAAGGGUGUUGACUUCGUCAAGGCCAACCCUUAAAUGUUUUUUGGACUUGCUUGAAGAAGGAACAAAAUUGCAAUACCUCUCUGCAGCCGCUUUUCCUCCCUGUAUAACAGUCUUGUGAUAAUCCAUACCCACUUCCCGCCCCCUAUGCACAUCCCCAUCUCGCAUGUGGCUUUUAUAUCGGAGGAAAUGUAGCUGCGGAAACUCGCAUAGCAAUGAGUUUUUGGAGGAGCCUGGGUUUGCCAGGGGAGAUGGACAUGAACGUGUAUUUCCUAUAAAUAAGAAAAUCUAAUGAUUCAAUGACUAGUAUUGUAGCCAUCCAUUGGUAUUUGUAGGAUUCAGAACUGCACGUUGGUUUAUUUACUACCUCCUACAAUUGCCUCGGCUGCACCUAGAAAAUCGAACCCGUGGCUAAAACUCAAUCAGUCCCAACCAACCCAAUGAUGAAUCCAUACCGGCUCGUAACAAAUCAAUCACAAAACAAAAGAAACAGAGUAACAGGAAGACAAGGAUAUAUAGGUUUAAUAAAC